AUGGCCCGUCGUCCCGCGAGAUGUUACCGCUACUGCAAGAACAAGCCUUACCCUAAGUCUCGGUUCAACCGUGGUGUUCCCGACCCCAAGAUUCGUAUCUUCGAUCUGGGCCGUAAGAAGGCUUCCGUUGAUGACUUCCCCAACUGUGUCCACCUCGUCUCCAACGAGUACGAGCAGCUGUCCUCCGAGGCUCUCGAGGCUGCCCGUAUUUGUGCCAACAAGUACCUCGUCAAGAUCGCUGGUAAGGAAGGUUUCCACCUGCGUGUCCGUGUCCACCCCUUCCACGUCAUCCGUAUCAACAAGAUGUUGUCUUGUGCCGGAGCCGAUCGUCUGCAGACUGGUAUGCGUGGUGCCUUCGGUAAGCCCCAGGGUACCGUUGCUCGUGUGAACAUUGGCCAGAUCAUUCUGUCCGUCCGCACCCGUGACGCUCACCGCGCCACCGCUAUCGAGGCUCUCCGUCGCUCCAUGUACAAGUUCCCCGGUCGCCAAAAGAUCAUUGUCUCCAAGAACUGGGGUUUCACCCCCGUUCGUCGCGAGGACUACGUCCAGAUGCGCCAGGAGGGCAAGCUCAAGCAGGAUGGUGCUUACGUCCAGUUCCUGCGUGGUCACGGUCUGAUUGAGGAGAACAUGAAGCGCUUCCCCGACGCCUACGAGAACGCUGCUUCUCAGGCUUAA